AUGAAACUCAGUUGUCCAGCGGUCGUUAACUGAACUCAUAACACAAAUUAAUAUCAGGUGGAUGUGAGAGGAUGUAGAAUCAGGCAGUUCCAUGUGACUGCAGUGCUGAGGAAUGCUUUUGUUUCCCCAAUCGUAUGAAAACACAGAUACUCGGAAACGUCUUCGCCCGCGCACCGCCUGUGGAAUCUGGAAGGGCCGGAUUUUUCGGUUCCCGACGUUUCGCGUCAACUGGCACGACUCGUCCCCGAUCGCGCAUUAUAGAGCCCGGAACCUGGCGGGGCGAUCUCACUUUCUCAGGCGGAGGAGAAGGACAUGAGCUGCUCCCUCACUCUCUCUCAUUCUCUCGUUCUCUCGCUCUCCCUCUCCCUCGCCCUCUCGCUCUCUCUCUCGCACGCGCUCGGAGGAACCGCGAGCGAUGGGCCGCAUCGCCAAGGAGGUGGUGGGGCAGGUGCUCUGCUUCGUGGGCUUCGUGGGCAUCGCGCUGACCUGCGGCAUCCCCAUGUGGCGGGUGACCACGUUCGUGGGCGCCAACAUCGUGACGGGGCAGAUCGUGUGGGACGGCCUGUGGAUGAACUGCGUGAUGCAGAGCACGGGCCAGAUGCAGUGCAGCAUCCACCAGUUCCUGCUGCGCCUGGCGCGGGACCUGCAGGGCGCGCGCGCCCUGGUGGUGAGCGCCGUGGUCUUCGCCGCGCUGGGCAUCGGCCUCACCUUCGUGGGCGCCAAGUGCACCAGCUGCCUGUCCAACGCCUCGUCGCGUGCCAAGGUGGUCAUCCUGGGCGGCGUGAUCUGCAUCGUGGGCGGCGUGCUGUGCCUCAUCCCCGUGUGCUGGUCGGCCGCCUUCACCAUCACCGACUUCCAGAACCCGGCCACCGUGGACGCGCAGCGCCGGGAGCUGGGACGGAUGGGCGCGAACAGGAGGCAGUACCUGGGCUUCGCGCUGGCGGGCGUGGGCGCGCUGGGGGCGGCGGUGAUCUGCGGGCUGCCCAUGUGGAAGGUGACGGCCUUCAUCUCGGCGAACAUCGUGACGGCGCAGGUGUUCUGGGAGGGCCUGUGGAUGAACUGCGUGCUGCAGAGCACCGGCCACCUGCAGUGCAAGGCCUACGACUCGCUGCUGGCCCUGCCGCGGGACCUACAGGCCGCGCGCGCCCUGGUGGUGGUCUCCAUCGCCGUGGCCGUCGUCGGGGCCUUCCUGGGCAUCGCCGGGGGCCACUGCACCAACUUCCUGCGGCGGGACCCGGGGCUGAAGGCGCGCGUGGCCAUCGGGAGCGGCGUGGCCUUCAUCGCCGCCGGCGUCCUCUGCCUCGUGCCCGUCAGCUGGACCGCCUCCACGCUGGUCACCAGCUUCUUCAACCCCCUGGUGCCCACGGGGCAGAAGGGCGAGCUGGGCGCCGCGCUCUACCUGGGCUGGAUGGCCGGGGCGCUGCUGGUCCUGGGCGGGGGCAUCCUCGUCAGCUCCUGCCCCCCGCGGCACGCCCCCGCCCCCGCCCCGCGGAGGGAGUUCGCCUACGGGUCGCACCACCUGCCCUACGUCACGCCCGCCUCCAGGAGGGACAUGGUGUACGGGUCGCACCAGCCCUACGUGACCCACGACCCCAGGAGAGACGUCUACGGGUCGCAUCUCCCGUACGUACUGCGGGCUCCAGACCCCUCCUGGAGCCAGAGGCACUGGUGAGACACGCCAGACCCGACCGGCAGAAGCCCGAGCUGGAGACAACUGAUGAACUAGACCGAACGAGCAGAAGCCAGAACUGGAGAACCCUGAUGAAGUAGACCAAAUGAAGAGAAGCCAGAGGUUGUUUGAGACCGUCCACAGCACGUUUGUAGCCUUUGUGUGUUUGUCAUGUUUCUGUCUGUCUGUCUGUCUGUAUGUCCGUCAUUUUUAGUCUGUUUGUACAUGGACUAUAAAUGUAUCUGUAAUGUAAAUAUACUGUACUUGGGGGUGGGCAGUUAUUGAAAUAUGUGCAUAUCAAAUAUGACAUAUUUGCUUCUGUGCACAUUUCAUAUGUAAGAUGGGCUCCUCAUGCAUAUUGCAUUUUGUAGAAAUAUGUGUUUUGUUAUUGUGGAAUGUAUUUUAUUAUACAGAGACAGGAUUUACUACAGACUCGAGGCGAAUAUAUUGUAUUAUUGCCAAUCCGUGGUUGUACUGUAAUAUCUUUUUAAUGAAGUAGUAUAUUCUGAAACAAUAUGUUAAUAUAUAUGAGAAUAUAAGCAUUCUUAGUGUUGCACUAGAGAAAAUAUAUAUUUUUAAUAGAUUUGUGUAAACAAAAUGUGCUCACAUUCAUUGUCUUGUAAUAAAAUUGGACAAUAAAAUGUUUUUUCCACCAGCA